AUGAGUAACUACAUAUGGAACAACACCUACUCGCUCGAAUUUUUGAGCGAAGAUUUUUAUGAUCUGAACAUCAGCACAAAGGACAACGUGUACGAAGUUGUGAGGAGAAGGAAAGAUGACAACGAAGUAGAGAGCCUUAGUAUUAAUAUAAGCAACCACAUAUGUAUGUUCGUGCAAUUGUUAGAUAACUUGUUGGGGAAAAUCAGUUACAAUAACAGCACAAUAAAUGACACAUUAAAUUAUAAAAAACUGUCGGAUAUUUUUCACUUUGUAAAAAAUCAACUAUAUAAUUGCGAUUAUAGCUUGUUCUUGAGGAUUUAUUCUAUCUACCAUACGUAUAAUCAUAGGAAAAAUGGGUACCUGGAUGUGAAUAAUCUGUACACAUUUAUUUUGGACAUAAUAAACAAGAUUGAAAAUUUGAAUGAUAAUAAUUUUUUGAUUCUUCCGGGAGGGUUUUAUUUACAAAAGGAAAAAAUGCUAAUUAAAAUUCUCUAUAUAAUUCAUAAACAAAAUAAUAUGUACAGUUUCACAGUUCUAAAUAAUUCUAUCUAUGGCAUUCAGUAUCAUCCUUUCAAGAUUGAUCAAGUGGAUAACUUGGGUGUUCUCCUAAGGGACGUAACUCUCUGUAUAAAAAAUAUUAGCAAAAAUUUCCUCACGAAUUCUUUAUUUUGGCUGUGUCUGUACCGACUUUAUAUUUUUCCCAAUCCGGACAACGUGGACAUUUUGUAUCAGGUGUUGCUACCAUAUUUGAACAACUCCUUUUUGACAAACAACUGGAAUUUGAAGAAUAAUAAAACGGUCCGAGUAUCCCACAUGGGGGGGAGCGAUGUGGGGCAUGUUAGCAGUAGCGGUGUCGACACCUUAAAUGUUAACCCCUACGGAGACGCCUUGGGCCGGACGGGGAAUUCCCCCAAUUCUCAGAAUCUCCUGAGCGGUACGUAUAACUAUGGAAACAAUUUGAGCUAUCGGAGUAUGAAUCACACGGGGGGAAAUUUCAGAGGUUAUGAGCAAGCGACAAAAUUUAACGACCCAAGUCAAGUGCCCAAGUUAAUCAACUUGGACCAUGUGGGAAGUGGCUCAGGGGAUUUGCAAAGCGGAAAUAAAUUUAAGACAUAUGAAAAUAGCCCCCCUCAGAAAUCAGACUAUUUCAGUGCCUUCGAUUUUAUCGAUAAUGUGAGUCGGCGGGAGGAGGAAAAACAUAUAUACGUCGGUGGCGGAAUGGGAAACGAAAAGUCGGCAAACCAAAGUGAGAAAUACGGAGGCAUAUACGUAAACAUUUACAAAAAUAAAUUCACCUCCUUCUCCAUGAGCUUAUACUAUUGUAUAAUUUACAUUCUGAAAGUUUUGAAUAUACCAGAGGAAGACGUCGAGGUGUUUAAAAUCUUUCUGUACUAUAGCAUCGUCUUGAAAUUAUGUGACGAUUUGUUUGUAUAUGAGAGUGCAGAGAAGAAUCGCCUCGAUGGUUCCAACGCGAAAUUCAUGGGUACAGGAAAAGAGAACAUCUUCUCCAAUAGAAGUGACAAAAAGGAGGAAGCCUCUUUUUUUGGGAAUAACAUGUCAUCUUACCCAGGUGAUGGCAUUUCCUCUACAAUGGACAUUAACCACUUGAGUGGUAACUAUGAGCGCGGUGGAGACGGACAACACAUGUACCUUCAAAAUGACGGCAACAUGCCGAAAAGCAACAUCUACGGGAAAAUCGAAAUUAAAAAGGACCCAAACAAAAUAGAUUCAACAUUUUUCGUCUUCCUAGACAUGAGCAUCAGAAAAUUGUGCAUCCUCUUUCACCAAUACUUCUGCAAAAUGAAAAUGGGCAUAUACGAUAAAAAUAAAAUGAUAAAAAAUGAGAUUCUUAAUGAAAUUUUGAAGAAGGUGUUAUUUGUAAAAUAUAUGUACACCAAGGUGGAGUCUCGCUUUUAUGCAGAUGUAACGAUAACAGGAGGCGGAGAAAUAAUGAAAGGUAAGGAUUACAAAAAUAGUAUUAAAUUCCCUAUGGAAAUACUAUUACAGGAACAUAUGUACAAGAAUUACCGAAAAAUAGAAAUAAAAAAGGAUGUGAAUAUUCCCAUUUCUUUUUACAUUUCGAGGAGAACUAUUCACACUUUAGACGAUCUCUACGUUAUUCUUUACCAGACUAAUAUUAUAACAAAUAUAUUAAUUAAUCAGAAGAACUAUAUUAAGCAUUGCUACUUGUUGGCCUUUUCAUUCCUUUCGCAUGUGCUCAACAAUAUUUUACCAUCCCCGAAGCAUUUUAUUUAUUUAUCUCAAUUUCAGAAACUGAAGAGAUCACUCCAGAUUAGUCUCUUCCAGGAAAUAUACCACAUGCACAACAAUAUUUAUUUUAUAUCCAGUUCGAUUGUCCAGAAUAAGCAAAUCGUCAUGUAUAAGAUUGUUAACUCUUCCAUGCUUUUGUUUUUGUACGACUUUCUAUUGCGCAUUCCUUGUGUGGAUGUAUGCUCCCCGUUUGCAGUGCAUUAUAAUGGAUUCUCCACUGGCAGGGGGAGUUAUUUGGUUCAUCCCCGGGGGGGAAUAGACGUUGGGAGCAGUGAGAGCGAGAGUGCAGAGCGAAGAGGAGGACGUAGAAACGGUGGAAGUCACUACCAAAUGAUAAAGCAGUUUUCCAGAAACGUGGCGGACAAUGACAGCUACUCCUCGCUGGACGAAUGCGCACAUGCAGAUAGCGGGGCGGGAAUUCAAUUGUCUGGGUACUGCAUAGACAUAUCAGUGUUGGAAUGUUUUAGCAACUACUUUCUCAUAAUAAAUCCAAAGUUAAACAUAAUGAGGUCAGAUAUAAUAGAAUAUUUUUACAAAAUUAAUGAAAAGAAAAUUAACAAAAAUAGUGAGCUCUUUUUAUUCGAGAAAAGUAACGACAUAAACACGAGUGAAAUAGAAAUUCUGGAGAAUAUCAGUUUAGACUUAGGGUUAGAUAGGAAGAAAAAUCAUAUCAUAGAAUAUUAUUGUGGACAAAAUAUCCUGUUCAAACAGCUAAUACCAGAAUUUUACCAUCUUAGAGAUAUGCUUUUCCUUUUCAAGUCCUAUAUGUGUCCCUAUAUUGACAAAUUACCACCUGUGCGGGUUUACAAGUACGACGAUAUAAAUUUAAAAUUUAGUUACAAGAACAAGUUACAUGUGAGUGUUUUUAAUCGUGAAAUUGAUAUAUGUGGAUAUAUGUGUCCUCCUAAGGAUACGAAAUUGAAUUUUUUUUCCUUCCUCUACCAGUUUAUGCAAUCCCAAGAGAGUAAGAAAGACAACUGUAUUUUAACCUAUUCCAAUCCUAAUAUGUAUACCAGUACAUAUAUAGAAAAUGAGUUGGACGUUUUAUACGUUAACGAUUUGCCCUUCUUUCACCCCUCGUUGAAUCUGCGAGAUGUUGAAAUUCUGUUACAAUAUUUGACUGUCCCAUAUAUUCGAAUUCCCCUAAUUCUGGAAUUUUUUUGUGAUAAAAACAGAAUUAAGAGUUUCCAAUCAUUUGAUAUCCAGCAACUACUUCUCUGCACCUUAUUCGAACCUUACAUUUUUAAAAAUAAGUAUAAAGUUACGGAGGAAGAUAAUUACAUCCCUACUAAGGAUAGGAACAUCUUCGCCACGAAAUAUGGGCUCCUCCUGAACGAACUGAUUAUGAGUCCCAAAAAUGUCCUUUGCAGUAUUUACUCCUAUUUGGAAUUCUUCUUCAGUUUUGAUAAGGAGAACAGCAGUAGCGGAAAACUCAUCAUGGUGUUUAUUGUUAUGUUAUGCACUUAUGUUAAUUCGUACAUAGGAUUGUUAGUCGAGACAAAUAGGGAAAUACGGAGAAACUUGCGAAACAUUGAAAAUAUUAUCUCAAAGGAGGGACUCGUACAUGGAGGGAAGCGCACUGAGGGGGAGGUGGCCCCAGGUGCAGAGAAACACAAAUCGGGUGAGACAGGGAGGGCAAAACGAAAUAGAAGGAGGAAAAAAAGAAAACUUCACUUUUUUAAUAAGCUCAGGAAAAAAUUGAUUAAAAAUGAAUUAUAUUGCUCCGAUGAUGUUUUUUCCAAUUUGGACACAUACUACAGGAAGAUAAAGAGAAAACUAGAGGACGAGGUCAUUGACGUUUUGUUAAAGUAUGCCAGAUUGUGCAUCCAGAAGAAUGACAUAACCACAUGCUGCAUUUACCACGGGUGCAUUUUGCUAAUUUAUAAGGAUAUCAAAUUUAGGGAGUUGAACCGAAACAAUGUGAAAAAUUUAUUGUCUUCCAUUUUUUUCAUUUUAACAUAUUAUACUUUCAACGCGGAAACCAACUACGCCGAUUUGAAGAAUAUUUAUGGGUUGGGUUCCCUUUUUGUUAAUACAACUGACAGCUUGAGCGGAGGAGGGAUGGAAUUCUCCCACGUAGGUAGGAACAAGGACAAGGGUAUUGCCAAUCCAAUGGAAUUCGCUGGUUCUGAUGGAGACCCCUCAAGUGAUAGCUUUUCCCUACUCAUUAAGACGUUCUCCCUUUGCGAAUGCGACAUUUUUAUUUCUAUACAUAGGCAUAGAAAUAUGCUGUUGAAAUAUUUGGAAAGAAACGAAAUGGAGCGGAACAUCAUUUUCGAGCAUACUAUCCAUGUCUGUGCGUGUGUUCACGAGAAUAACAAAAACGAAUACACCAGUGGUGGGAGACUCAAUCGAUAUAACUCAAAUAUUUUUUUGAAUUUUCGCGCGAAUGAAAAUAUUAUAAGGAAAUGGAUGCCCGCGCAUAAGUUCAAGCACGUGGGAAUUUAUACCAUAGAAAAUGUGAAACAUGGUAGGGGAAACCGGGGGGAGGACGAAGAGAAGGGGGAGGUAUGGCAAGGGAAAGGUAGACGACACGGAGGAAAAAUGGCCACCUCGAAUUAUUUCUUCACUUCCUCUGAUUCUUCCAGUUCGCUUGCUAUAACCAGUUCGUCCUGUUCGGCUGAUUUGUCUGGUUCAUCCAUUAGUUACAACUCCUCCAUGUCAUCAUACGACGAUGAUUUUUCAUCCACGGAGGAGGACGAAUCGGAUGAGUGCGAAAAAGCGGGGGAGGUGGCGAACGGAUCGGUGCAGAAGAGCCAGCAGGGAGAUGCCGCCGCGUCCAUGGAGAGGGAAGCGGAGUCACUCCCCUUUGAUGAAAUUGCAAAUCGUAAACAGGACGGAGAGGAUAAAAAUGGAGGCCUCUCUGGGGAAAAAGGGAAAAUAGGUACGGAUCAGCAAAAUCGUGCCAAGUCCAGAAGGAAGACAAGAAAGGAACCGAAUGAAAAGGAGGAAGUGGACAAGGAGGCAGAAAAGAUAAACCAAUUGAAGAGGAAGAAGCGAAAAAAAAAGAAGAAACAAAAAAAGCAAAUAAAGAUGAUGCAAAGAAGGAGAAGGGAUUUUUUGGACAAUCAGGACGAUGAAAGUUACAAAGAUGGAACCAUCAGGAAUCCCUUACACGACACGGAGUCAUUGCCAUCCAACUCGAUAAACCCCAUCCUAAACCUCCCCUCUUUUUUAAAAAUCACCAAUAGAAACAUCACUGCCAGUAGCGAGAAGAGGAAGUUAAGGAUGCAAAGAGCCAGAGCCAGGGCAAAGGCCAAGAGGGACAGUAUCCUCAGCAAUAAUAAGUACAUUUCCUAUAUAAAAAAAAUAGUAAAGGAAAAAAACAUUCUGAUAAAUCUACAGCUAUUCACCUUCUCCUACAAGGAUAAUAAUAUCAUUACGCUGAACGAUAAUAUUAAGAAGUUUAAAAAUUACAGAGACGUCUUCUUCAACAAUAAAAAUACAUACCUGAGGAAUGAGAAGAGAAAAAGGGCACACCACAGCAGUAGAAUAAAAAAAAAAAAUGUGAAGGUAUUAAUUACGCAAUCUUAUCAAAAUUUCUGCUCCUUUAACAUUAUAGGGAAGAAACAUAAUUUAGAAGUGUGGAAAAUUUCCAACAAAAUAAACUUAAAAAAUUUAAUGAAGUACAAAUAUGAUAAAUCCAAAAUAUUUUACAUCAAAAGUGGUAGCCUAUUGAGCGGCAUGAAAUUUAGCCCGACGAAGACGGGGCAGGUGAGUAGCGAAAAUGCAUCUGGUGAUAAUCUCAAUAUGACUUGUUUUUACAACUUUCUGUCGAGCGAAGUCAAGACGGGUGUUCUGUACGAGCAGGAGAAUAACGAUAUGUACGUACGAAUUAUUUGGAAAUUUAAAAAAAGUGACAUGUGUAGACCAAAUGGAGAUAAUAAUACUAAGGGCAUCCGAAUCAGUGCAGAAGAUGUGAAGGGUAAAGACAACAACGCCCUAGGGGGAUCGGAUGAUUAUGGAGCGAGAAAGGAUAAGGAACUUUUAGAACUGAAGUCUUUUAAUAUAAAUUAUGAGACACAGAACAUUGAGGGUUUGUUCAAUUUUAAAUACGAGGAGAACCAAUAUGAUAGCAGCUUGAUCAACACAACGGAGGAAUCCUCCUUUAGUGAUGACACCAGGAUUGUUUCGAAUGGGUACGACCUGGAAGGUCACCCCGGGGGGGACAAUGGGGAGAAGGCGUCCACGAGGUUGAUGCCUAGUAGUACUAGUAGCAGCGACGCAAGUAGCGGGAGGAGCAGCGGAGGAAGUAGCUUGGCAGGAGGAGACCUCGCCAUAUUGGGUGCGGGAAAUGAGCCUAACGGGCGCACUAAAGGAAGAUCGAACAAAGAAGGGAAAAAGGGAAAUUACAAGGAAUCCGCGGGGGGUAAUUUAAUAAAAAGCGGUGUCACCAAUUUGGAGGGAAAAAAGGAGAAUAAAAAAAAAAACGAGAGCCAUGUUGAUAAAGAAGCAAAAGAGGAGGAAGAACAUGGACUUCGAGAAAUAAUUUAUAGGAAAGACAUGAACUGCAUCUACAUUUACAACAUCUAUUUUAAACUGAAUCGCUUUGUGAAGAAGCUGUAUUACUGUAGUGACGUUAAGAAGGUGUACUUCUCAACGAGCAUAAACAGAUGCAAGAAUUUGUUUUACAAUUUUGAAAAUAACAAUGUGCGUCUUUGUUACUAUAACAGUAAGGAGACGUAUGAUAAAUACAGCGUGAGCAUAUCGAGAAAUUUGUACAACAACAUCCAGGUGCAAACGUAUUUGAACCCAGUGCACUUGUCCACAUUCGUCCCUAACAUUUUGUUGCAGUAUUACAAUUUCUGGUACAAUUCGGAUGGAAGUAUUAUUGGGGAGAUAAAAAGUUUAAAGAAGAAUCGGAAGAACAGAAAUUCUAUUAUCUAUAUUAGGUUAUUCGAGGGAGGAAGGGGUGAAGGCCUCGUUUCCAGCGAGGAGGCGAGCAAAAAGAGCAAAUGCCUUAAUUUUGUAAAGAAAGGAUUACACAUACAGGGUGAAGAGAGCAAGCAUAUACUUAGUACGCAUCAUUACGGGGUUGUGCAGAAAUUACAAAUUUUUAAUUCACCUAAGGAUUCAAAUAGAAUCACGUCCUUGAGAGUAAACAAUGAUUACAGGGCCAUGACUCUCAUUAAUAUCCUAAGUUAUGAAAAUAACGAGGUGUAUAGAGAUUUUUACAACUUAUUAAUGAAAUUCGAUCAUAUUACCUAUAUACUAAUUUAUACGUUAAGUGUUCCUUCCCUUUUUGGAGGUACCUCCGAACAUGUGGAUGUAAGCAGCAUGCCCAUAACUGUCGACUUGAUUGAAAUACCACGGUUAAACUUGACACUGCGUAGGAACAAUGUGGACCUAAGGAUGGGCGUGAGUGAAAAGGAUGACCCAAGUGAAAACCAAGGUGUUUUAUCUAGCACGGCGACGAAAAAGGAUUCAUAUAAGUACCACUUCGAAGAACUGAACAUGCAUUUAUAUACGGGAAAUCUCCAAAAGUAUAACUACAUAUACAACGUAAUAAAAAAGAUGAAUAACACGGUUCUACUGCAGAAUAGCAAAAGUGAUUUUUUCUUUCUUGUGUCUCUACUGAAUAAGCCAUUUUUUCUGAACAUUGCAAAUUUGUAUAAAGAAUUUAACAAGAAAAAUAUCCACUUGUGUACCCUCCUGGAGAAACAUAUAAAUAUUUUGCUAAAAAAUCACAUGUAUGUAACUAUUUAUUAUCAUAAUUUUAAUAUAAAUAUGAAUGUGAAUAAAAACGUAGAUGUGUUGAAUGAAAAUGCGGAAACGAACACAGCGUCCAGUCUGCAGUAUAUAGUUCUGUCCAUCCAUAGUUCGAAGCUCUUUAUCAAUUUUAGAAAUAUUUACAGUUGCUUCUUUUUUAUCGUGUAUAAGUAUAUACAGAAGGAACAUGAAGAAGUGGUCGAGUAUUGCAACAACUUGAGCGUGUGCAAAGAUGACAUUAAGGAGAUAAAAUAUUUGUUAAACAUUUUAAACUACUGUGAUAGUAGCAUAUUUUCCGAUGUAGACUCGUGUGCAUGCAGAUUGAAAAUAUUUAUCACGCUGUCUAAGCAGAUAAAAAUUAUUCUGCGGAAGAAGAGGCAUCGAAUGGGCACCAGAAAAGACAUGUGGAACAUGGAUCAGUACUACAACAUUUUCCACUAUGUUAAAUCUCUUUGGAAUUUUGACAAAUCAGGACCGAAUGAUAAUAACUCUUCCAGUGGGAAUGAGGGAUAUAACAGUGGGUUUGAUGCUAAUCAUUAUACCACCAGUAGAGGUGCCAACAGAAGAGGAAGUAAAAGUGGAAAUGGCGCUUUACAAGGAAGGGACACCAAAAAUGGAAGGAGAAAAAAUCAAGUGAAUGAUACAAUGAAUAAGAGUGAAGACAGUUCAAGUGUAUACGGUGCAUCAGAGAACUCGUCCUCUUACGACAGUAACUACGUGUCAUCUGAAAAGGAAAACAAAAAGAAGGAAUUAAAUGCACAAGAAAAAAUCAUCGAUGGGGACGAUGAUGAUUUGAAUGGAAAAAAGAAAAAUAUCAAGAAGAAAACUGAUUUUAAUAAAAAAAAAAGUGUAACAGGAAGGCGCGGAGAAAGUCAACAGCAUAGUGGCCAAAAAAACGAUCAACAUAAAAGCAAUAAUGCACCAUAUGAAGAAAACCAAAAUAUGCAUAUCUACAUAUACUGGGAUAUCAUUAAGGACAUGCAGUUUUAUAUAAACAAUUUGAUUUAUAUUAAAGCCAAAUGCAAACUAACCAUCGAUGAGGAAAUUUUCCUGUACCAAAAUUGUAACAUCAACAUACAUAAAUACAAGCUUAUUUAUAAUAGGUACAUUAUUCUUAAUAGCAUUUUAGAAUCCAAGAUGACAUCAGACAAGUGCAAUCCACUUUUCUUUUACAACAUUUUAAGGAAGAAGCAGCUGGAAAAUCAGGCUAAGAUGAGGAAGUACCAAAUUCAGUACCGGAAGAAAAGCAAAAUUGAUGAACUGCACCCGACGAAGAAGUUGGAGAUGAAUUUGGCCUCUCCGGAGUACAGCUUGACGUAUAAUCAGAAUGGCUACGAUAUGGGAAAGAAGAAAAUACAACCCAGCAUGGAGGGUAAAAGCCAUUUUGAAAACGUAAGGAGCAAUUUCGAAUCGCUCAAAAAUUGUCUAGGUGGGAAGAAGGAAAAACAAACAAAGGAUAACAAUCUAGUCGUCUCAAUUAACGUACCCAAAGUGGAAGCAGUAAAAUACAUUAACAACAUCGAUGAAAAUAUCUUCAUGAACAUAAAUCUGUAUGACAAUAUUGGAAAUAUUAUUAAUAAUAUGAGUUACAAGAAGAUGGAAGAUAAGAACAACGUGGAAGCUCUGAACUACCUGAACAGUUUAAUCAACUCAUUGGGCAUACAGAACUUUUUUAUAAUUUACAAUUACUUUAUUAACAAUUUGAAUGUCAAAAUAAUCAAAGGAGAGAACACCUUCCUCUAUGGAAACCUUCUCUCAAGGUAUCUAUAUUUUUACAAUUAUAAUAUAAGUCAGUAUAGCAAAAUUAUCUACAUAUUUAUAUUUAUUAUUAACCAUCAAGAAAUUGUGAACAUGCUUCCAAAAAUUGACGACCAGAAAAUGAAAAAGAAUUAUUUAAACUUCUUCAAAGCGAAUGACUCUGUUUUUAACUUCUUUAAUGAUAUUUUUAAAUUUGUUCAGAAUUUCCAAAAGGAUAGAAAAAAAAAAAUUAAAAAGAAUAUUCUACCCCUCAUGGUGGACAAUAAUCUGUCUAUAUCCAUUUCCGAUGUAAUUAAGUAUCGACUCAUUAUUAACAUAAACGUCGACGAUUACAUGUGUGAGAAGAGAGUCAUCCAACCCUUUGAUGUUAAGCCAAAUGUGCACGUCAGUUCCGAUCUCCUCAACGAGUUAUGUUUUAGCCCCUUUAAGAAGCUGUACAAGUACCUGCGCAGGGUGAAGCGAACUGAAGAGCCCACAAUCCAUGCGAUAGAGGCACCCUCCCAAGUGGUUAGCGACCGAAGAGAAGUAGACCCAAGAUGGGACAUGUCCCCACUUCUAAAGCAACCUAAGCACCUCACAACCGAUAGGAAAAAUAUGCUAAAUUUUGACUUCGAAGAGAGUAACAUAUCGUGCCAAAACACAUAUUCGAAGAAUUUUAUCCAGAAUAUGAAAAAUGACUAUAACGCCUAUCUGGACUAUCAGCGGAAAAAGGUCGAAUAUGAAUUCGUCGGGUUCAGCGCUGAGGAAAUUAAAAUGACAUUCAAUAAUAUUAAAAAACUGAAGGAGUACGUAAACAUGUUCGUUAGCAUUAAGGAUAUUUUGCUGGAGAUUUUCGUGGGGGACAAUAAACUGCUGGAGUGCAUUAAUGAGUUCAUCGAGGGGGCUGAUGAGGAUAUCAUCGGCAGUGGCAGUCACAGCGAUGACGAUGAUAGUGACAACGACACUGGUAAUGGCAACGGGAGGGACGGCGGGAUGACCGCAGAUAAGGAAGCCUUCUCCGAAGAGAAUACUCCCUGGAAUGAAGACCUCGUAGAUAUAGACCUACACAAUGAGCAAGACCAAGCUAACAAUCGCAAAAAGGGGGCACAAGACAAGCAGGCUACGAGCUAUUUUAUGUAUAAAUUCGGUGUUCUAGGAAAGGCAGAGAAGGAAAUAAAUUUAAAAAUCCUCAUAAGGUGCUUCAUGUCCAAGUACGCCCAUGAAUAUUUAGCCAUGAUAAACCCGAAUCUGAAGAAAAAGAAUGCCAAGAAAUUUAUUAACAUCGUCUUGCUAUAUAUGCUAAUUAUGAAUCGGAAAAUUUUCCUGCACGAGUGCAUAAGUAGCGUAAUAAAUAUUUUGAAUAUCUUCAAGGUGUACAAUUUGAAGUUGAAAAUUUUGAAGCAGAAGGAGAAGAGCGUGCGUGGCAACGACAGUGCAGUCCCUAACGUGGAGAAUGGAACGGACACUUUGCUAAGUAAGCUCCUGAACAGACAGCAGAAAAUCAUAAACAAAGCUAUCAACACAAUUCAGCUGGGAACGAAAAACCUCACGCAACUGACGCUGACUGAGAGGCACUAUUUCACAAUGCGGAACAAAUCUAGCCACAAAAAAAUCGUGCACAAAAAUUUGGAUUACAAUUCGGAUUCUUCCGAUGUGUCCACGUGCUACUUUUCCAGUGACCAGUACGAGGAAGGACAGAGAAAUGACCCUGUAAAGAAAGAAGAAAAUGGAGCAAAGAAAUUCUUGAACAGUUUAGACCGCCAGAUGAUUGAUCCAUUAUUUCUGGGUUUGCACCAGGAUGAACCACACGAGGAUAGAGUGAAAAGCGGUGACAAUGUGAAUAGCGGGGAAAGUACCAAUUGCUACUACACGUACGACCCGAGGCUGCUAAUCUUUGAGUACACGAACAAUUUAAUAAUACGAAAGAAGCAAGUAAAAAUGAUAAAGAAGUUUAAGAGAGAUUUUAUAAAGAAAAAAAAACAGUACUGUUAUCAAAUUAUUAUGGGAGGAGGAAAAACAACUGUGUUAUCACCUCUCUACUUUUUAAUUUUUUCCAACUACUUCUUAGUAUUUAAUAUGUGUCCCCAUCCGUUAAUUCAUUUUACGAUAAAUACAUUCCGAUCGAGAUUUUCCUCCAUCAUAAAGAAGAACAUCUACUACUUCAAUUUCAGUCGAUACGAUAAUAUCACUACCGAUUUGUAUGUAAGUCUGUGUACUGCACUGGAGAACAAAUACAUUUUGGUGACGAGUCCAACCUGCAUCAAGUCCCUGUUCCUUAAAUUGGUGAACACAAUACAGGAGCUAAAUAAUAUGAAAACGUUUGACAUGAUUAAACAGAAGGCGAAAACGCACAUUACCGAUGCCCUGACGAAAUUUCUAGGGUUUCAAAAUGAUGAGAAUUCAUUUAAUGCGGGUAAUUCCAGUGGACUCAAAAAAGCAAGCACGAGUAUAUCUGGUCAUGCGUCGAAGUCUGCACAACCACCCACGACAAGUGAUUACAAUAUGCUAAAAAAACAGCUCGAUUUGUCUGUUAGAAUAUUUGAUAUAUUAAAUAAGAGUAUUUUACUGAUUGACGAAAUUGAUAACGUUUUGCAUCCCUUGAAGAGUGAGCUACACUGGCCUUAUGGCACAAACAGAGAGAUUGAUCUGGUCAAUGUGGUGAGAAAUUUUACUGAUGUGUUCAUGAACAACCCUUACUUGAAAUUUCUGUACGAUAAUAAAAACGACGAUGUGGAUAUUAGGAGCGUCAAAAUUGCCGUAGCAAAUCGGAGAGAAGUUAGUGCCAAUUUGUUGAAUCAUAUUAGACAGCUUCGGGAGGAGGAGCAAGCCCAGAGACAGUUACAGAGGCAAUUGCAGUUUGAGGGAGGUAACGAUGAAGAUGAUGAUGUGAGGAAGGUAGCCCAACAUAUCAAUUAUGGAGGUACGGGAGGUAGCAAUUCUUACCAUGUAGACCAUCCCCGCACUGACAACAGAAUGAGACUCAAAAAUGGAGCCAUCAACAAUUUUAACAACUCCUUAUCAACGCAUCUGUAUAGAAAAGAGGAUGCUGGUGAUUAUGGGGGAGUUCAUGGUAACAUGGCAGAUGUUGCCAUAUCGGGGAGUGGACUUGGCUUAGUAAUGAAUGAAACAAACAGAUAUGGAUCUGUGAAGAUGCCAAAUAGUGCAGAAACGGGCACAUCAUAUACGUACAUUGAUUUGAGCUUAUUCAGAUAUAAGCUAAGUUGGGUUCUGAUAGAUUUUUUUUUCUACCCUGUGUAUAAGAAGCUCACUAUCCCCAUGAAUAUCCACUUCAAUACAAACACAGAAUAUAUAGAGGAUCUUCUAAACACGUUUAGCAAAGAAAUCGAAAAAGGAAUAAGAAAUCACGACAUUUCAUUGAUCCCACAUUUCCACAUAAUAAAUUUUAAAUGGUAUGAUAAUAUAAUCUGGAUCAUUGCUCGCUAUGUAUAUUACUUUUUACUAUGCUAUAAGAUAAGUGGCGUGUCUCAAAAGGUGAUUGAAUCCUACUUAUGCAUCCCUUUGUGCAUUGGCUACAAUGACAUUAACGUGAAGAAUAGGUGCAAAGAUAACAACUUUAGUAGCUCCACCAUAAGGAGAUUAUUAAAUAUAAAGAAAUUUUCUAACAAGAAUUAUUCUACCGAUGCGAGUAAUCUGAGGAAUGAAGAUAUGCAUGUCCUAUCAAGUGAUUACCAUUUUAAAAUCUUUGAAAAGAUAAAUACGCUGGAUUAUAUUUUGUGUAAAAUUUUAAAUCUUUGUCGACUUUACAUCAAUGGAAUUUUGCCAUUCGUUUUUUCUAAAGUGAAUACGGUACAUUAUGGAAUCCUUUCCGCGGAGCAGAUUAAUAGGUGCCAAAUGAUCAUGAGCAAGAGUAGAUACUUCCUGGCCGUUCCGUACAUUGGGAAAGACACUCCCUCUGAAAUGUCUGAAUUUACAAAUGUUGAUGUGGUAGUUUCGCUAACAAUUUUAUCCUAUCGGUACCAAGGCAUGAGGUACUUUGACUUCAUCCUGAGCAUGAAGAAUAUUUUGUACAACUAUUCUCUGGAGAAGGAUUACGAGCAUGUGCAGAGCGAGUCCUCCGAGGGGAGUGUCACUGACGGGGAAAGCAGCAGUGUUGUGCUCAGCGAUAGCCAUGAGGGAAAGAACAGUGAUGAGGGAGGUACCAGCGACGAGCGAAGCGCCAGUGAUGAUGUUCUUGCGGAGAAGACAGACGGGUACGGCAACUCUAGUGGGGACCAAGCAGGUGAUGGAAGUUCUUCUAAAAGGAGCAGCUUGAUGGAUACGGAUAAGUCUUCCAACGGGGAGAUGUCCACCGACAAAUGGAGUGGGAAAAAAUCGAAAGAGAAAGCGCGAAAAUCGCACAAAGGACUAGUGAAGGAGAAGCGAACAGGUGAACAAAUGAACAUAAACGCUAAAAAAACAGGUGAAGAGAUCAAAAGAAGCACAAAACAAACGAAGAGAGAGUUAAAAAACAUGUACGAUUUGUACAGAGAAGUGAUCGAAACGAGUGGAGCAAAAAUAAGGAAAACGAAAAAGGAUAUUAACAACACGAAUUUUUUCAUAUAUGACAACAAUAUCAACAAGAGAAGAGAACACAGUAAGAGAACCAAGCUAGGAAAAAAUUACGUAGAUAAUAUAGAUAGGAUAGAUUUAGGUGAUAAAGAAAUGUUGUACGAUCUGUACAAUUUAACGAGAAAGAACCCAUUACUAAUUAGUUACUUCCUGUUGGGAAUCAUCCUUAACAAAUAUAUCAAGCAUACAGAGAAGCAGCUUUCAUCGAAUUCCCAAGAUUUGACGAACAAUGUUUUGUUUAAGUAUGUAGUAGGAUAUAGUGGCACAAGCAAUGAUAUACUGCCAGAAGAAAUUCAUAAAUGUAAAUUUGAAAAAAGAACAAUUGGUUCUAUACUUAACAUUAUUAAUGAUCCUAAGAUAGUGAACUUUAUUUUCUUGCCAUCUCAAAUUGCGCCCAUUGAUAUUUUAAGGAGUUUGUCUUUUUCAAAAAUAAAAUUUAAUAGCCUUAUCGAUACAGGGUACCUCAUUAAUAAUAUUUCGCCAAAGAAAGUGGCCUACUACAUUUUGCAAUUCCUGGACUAUAUCGACUGCUGUGUGUACAUCGAUAAUGGCAAGCACAUGUGCAUGUUGCCCCUGGAAAGGAAAAGAAGAGGAAGGAGGAAAAAAAAAAAAAAAAACAGAAAUAAGGUUCUUAUGCAGUGCCAAGAAAAAGGGGAAAACGCCAAGAUACAUAGUGGACCACACACCGGGAAGACAACUCCACGUACGAACGAAACACGCAAGAAUACCAAAUCGACUAUGAAAAGAAGGAGGAAAAAAAAUACAAGUAGUAAUAAACAAAGUGGAAAUAAAAUAGAAAAUAACUUGCACCUGAAUGUGGAAAUUAUUCCUCUGCAAGAUUGUUAUGUUCCAAUUAAGAAACGGUUCAUCUACUUUGAUCACAUCAAUACGUUUGGUCAGGACAUAAAGCAGUACGUGAAUGCGAACAGUUUGGUUACCGUUAAUAUCGGGAAUGACAUUUCUUCUUUCAGCCAAGGAGUUUUUCGCUUGCGAUCAAUUGGCAUGAACCAGAAGAUAUUCUUCCUCAUCCCCAUGUGCCUGGUGAAACUGAUGAACAUAAGCACGAGUCUGUUUAAGGACACUGUUUUGGCGGAGAUCGUGAAGGGGAAAUCAGUAGGGGUACGAAUAGAAGGUGGAGGAGGUCACUCCAAUCACUGUAGCCAAGAACGUGUGAACCCGUCCUCGCACGAUGAGAAGGAAAUGUUGAAGAGGUUCGUCAAACGGAAGAAGCGAGUUAUGCGCGAGUGCAACAAGAACUACAGUGAAGGCAGUCAGACGGAGUCUGAUAACGGCAUCGGGGAGGCGACCAUGAUCUUGAGUAGUAGCAGUGGGGAAAGCGCGUCCAGCAUAGACAGCGUUGGAAACAAUCAAAGUGGACAUGGGAAGAAAUCCUCUUCCAUCGAUGAGAUAAAUAUAAAUGAUCAUGGUAAUGUUCACCAGGUUGACGAUAUUGAUGGCGUACCCUUUGGGGGGUAUGAAGAGAAGGAGGACCCUCGGCAUGUGAUGGACCCGCGGGAAGAAUGCAUGUACAUGAUCGACUGCUACAAUAGUAUUCACUUAGGACAGAAAUCAAAGGAAGAGGUUCUAAAAGAGUUGACGUACUACCUCAUUUUGAACAACAUAAGUAACAACAUAAAGCAAUGUGAGCUUCUCUGUGUGCAUGGCAUAGUUAAUAUUAUAAAGAGGAAGAGUAUCAAGAUGUUGUUAGAUAAUUACAUAAACAUUGGUGUUUUUAAUUAUAGAGAUUAUUUGGAUAUUUUCAACACAAGUAUUGAUUUUGACGUACAGACACAGGUACCCUCCAAGAGCAGCUCAUUACUUUGCAUAGUGCAGCUGAUUGAGAAGUUUCAGAAUAUUUUCACCAAAGAGGAUGAAUUAUUUCUUCAGGAUAUUAUUUAUCGCUACUUUUGCUUACAUUAUGAUAUUUCCAAUAAAACUAUCGUAAUGUAUUUUGACGCCUUUUUUCCUCGAAAGGAUUUCAUGAAGACAAAUUUGCCGCACGUAAUUUUAGAUCUAUUUGAAAAACUCAAGAAGAUUAAGAAAGACCAGUGUGUUUUGUCAUAUAAGAAAAACUUCACCAAGAGGAACACUAGCAAUGAGUACAAUGCGGAGGAUGAUAAUUCGAUUGACAACCACUUAUUCAGUCUAGAAAAUGAACAAGAGAAGGAGAAGGAGAAAGAAAAGGAAAAAGAAAAGGAGAAGGAAAAAGAAAAGGAAAAGGAGAAAGAAAAGGAAAAAGAAAAGGAAGAAGAAAAAAUUACGGAAGAUCAAAAAAAAAAAAACAUAAAAUGUAAGAAAGAUGAAUACAAAUUGUACAGAUGGACCAUGGACGAUAUUAACUCAGAUUUAUUUGGAGCUAAGACAAAAAAAAAAAAGGCAGAUCAAACCAAAGGGGAACAAGCAACUGGUGGUACCAUUUCUUACAUAAAUAAUAAAGUUGUAGAGAAGUUCAAUCGGUUGACGGAAGAUAGCCAUCUGUUCAUCCCUCUGAAUAAACUACCAGUAAAUGAUAUCUACUUGAACUUCCCCUCCUAUGUGUAUGUCUCCAAAAAUUUUACAAAUUUAGACUCAAUCAACACAAAAAAGGGGAAGAAGAUUAUGAAUGUUCUGGUCGUUAUCGAAUGUGUGCACAAUGCAGAAGAACAAGUCACCCACUUGAAUCAACAGAAGCACAACAAUUAUGAUGAAUAUGCAGAAAAGGAAGCUUUGGAAAAUAUCUGGAAUAUUCUAAAGGAAGACAAUAUACAGGAGAUCCUAAAUAUUCUGGACAUCAAUCCUUUUAAAUAUUCUUACGACUUGGCGAAAAUUAUGACAGAUCAUGUGAAACAAAAUGAGUUUGAUGGCAACAGGUUUGCCAGCUUCGUUUCUCUACUAAAUAGAAUGGAACUUUACUUUAGUAAUAAAAACAAAAAGUACAUCAUUGUAAGUUUACAGGAAGCGGAAACGUUGCGUUAUUACAUGCAUAAGAAGUUCAAUAGGCAGAAAGUGGCCAUGGCCCUGUCCGGUAGAUUCUCCUAUUUAACAAAGACAGACAGUUUUUACCUUCUUUCCAAGGGGGAUCCAAAGAAAAAUGCAAAUCUUGUCCUUGAAAGUGGUGCAAACAAUGCGCAAGUAGAGGAGAAGGGUCCCGAUUUAAAUCACAAAAUAGAAAACCUCAUGGAAGAAGAAAUGUUCCAAGAAAAUUUAAUAAGUGACGGAUGGGGACUAAACAACAACCUCUCUAGCAUAGCAUUGGAGGAAAAGGACGAAGGGGGCGAUAUGGAUCACUUUUUUAUGGAGGAGAUUAAGAAAAAGGAGGUAGAAAAGAAUAAAAACGUGAGUGAUACAAACAAUUGGGAGAUUACAGUAUGGGGGGCGGAUAAGGAGGAAGAAAACGUAGAAAUGCUAUCCAUCUAUGAGAAGGAAAAAAUGGAAAUCGACCCAGUAAAGGAAGAAAACUUCUUUUCAGAUGUACACAUAAAUCUGUAUAAUUACCACUUUUGGUUCACGCCCAUCGAAAUUACGGACCGAAAUAAUCUGAGGAAGUAUAUCUCCAGACAAAUACAAAUAGUGUACAGCGUAUGCAAAUUUUUUAACUCGGAUCGAAAAUUUAUUGAUGCACAUGUGAACUUGUUACUGCAGUACUUGAAUUUUAAUGCACCAAAGCACCGAUUUAGCUAUUUCAAUGAUUUAUAUCUGCAAAGGAGAAUAAUGAAGGACAGUCUAACAAAGAGUAAUCUGAAAAUGCCUGAGAAGAAGAGCCUGUUGAUUAAGAAAAAUAUCGAAUUAGAAAUGGUGGAAAAAAAGCUAUUUGAAGGGAAUGGAGAUAUUUAUGCCUUUAAAAUUAUGCAACAAACUGUGAGACAAAGUUUAAAAAAGAAACAAUUAACACUUCAAGAAAUUUUUGACAAGGAUGAUUUAGAUUACAUCUGCAGCAAACAGGAUAUUCGAAUCCUUUUCGACUUUUUAAAUAUCCGGGAUAGCAACUAUGUCAAUGUUUUAUUUGACAUUUUGGGCUCCACCAUUUCUUUGCACGAGCUGUGCUUUACUCUGAACCCUGUGGAAAAUAUGAAAAAAACGGAGUUCCAGAAGGACCUAUAUAUAGAGGAUAAGAAGAGAUAUGCGGAGGAAUUUUUCAGUGAAGCUGAAAAGUACCUUAAGAAUUUUAGGUUUUCCCUUACCGAGCAUACGUAUUUUAAGGUGAUAUGGUCUGGAAGGAUUUCUAGCCAGCGAAUUGUUCAGGAAUCUCUGGAAGGCAGGGAGGGAGGCACAUUUGGCGUGGAGAAAAAGGCCCCGUUCGGCCAAGAGGUUAGCGAAUACGCUCUCGGUGCUUCGUUAGGUGGCGUAUCGUUAGGAGGUGCAUCGUUAGGUGUUGGUGCGAAUAGGAACGCCCCCCCCAGUGAACGAGACCCCAUCCACAAGUCGCCAUCGAACGAUUUGCUAAGCGACAUCUUCGGAUUCAACAGAUCGCAGAGAAACGACGAAGCGGCUAUAUAUGCCGAGCAGAUUAACCAUCCAGUCAAGAACUCGGAGCAAUUUUACAUCUACGAAGCGGAAAAUAUAGACCCUAAGGAUAGAGGAAUGAUGAGUAAAAAUAAGCAUAAAAUUAUUUUUGGCCAUUAUGCAUCCUCCAAGCCAGCGGAUAAUAAUUUUCCCAUAUUGGAAAUGACAGAUAUAUCAAUCAACAGCAUGUAUACAAGUGCAUCUGCCCAAGAAAUUCUUAACCUUCUAUUCCCUUAUCCUAAAAAAUAUUUGUUACUGUGGCAUGAAGAUUAUUCUAUAAAGAGCGUCGAUGAGUGUCUGCACAUAUGGAAGCCAGUCUUAUCAUCUACACACAUGUCCGGCACCACCUUCCUGGGUUUCGUGGCCACCGUUGGCCCUCACCAACCCCCCUUGAACAAGAUCCGGGCUCUACCCAAGUCGCUAGUCAAGGUGGUUCAGAAUAAAAAGUUCGCCACCUUCUACUCGGACAACAGUUUCUCCAUAGAUAAUUCUGGCUUGUUGAACUCGCUCAACGUUCACUUUUUCAACGGCUUGGACUUUAAAAACUACGAAGAAUUCCUUUUCAGGAAUUUCUCCCUUAACAUUGUUGCCAAGGUUAAAAAGAUCAAGUCUGUCAAUGAAGACAUCUUCAACUUAUGGGGCGAAGAGAAGCAGCAGGAACAGGAAGAUGAUGAAGAGACCUCACCGGAGUGGGAAAUAAUUCCGCAGUGCCUUUAG